AUGUUUGAAGAAACUGAACAAAAGAGAGUAAUAAGCUUAGAAGAUUCUCCGAGCUCACGAAGACAUCGUAAAACUGAAAAAGACGAAGAUGAAGAACUUUUGAAGGAUGAAGCUGACGAAUCAAACGAAAUCACUUCUUUCACCGAGUCUCCAAGUUCAGCCCUUAAAAAAUUUGAGUUCCAGUACAUAGUAAUUGAUGAAGCUCAUCGAAUAAAAAAUGAAAAUUCAAUGCUAUCGCAAAUAGUUAGAAUAUUCCAAUCCAAAAAUCGCCUAUUGAUAACAGGAACUCCUUUACAAAAUAAUCUUCACGAGUUGUGGGCUCUCUUAAAUUUUCUUUUGCCUGAUUUAUUCAGUUCCUCAGAUGAUUUUGAUUCUUGGUUUGAAUCUCAAGAUGGAGAUCAAGAUAAAGUCGUUCAACAACUACACAAGGUUUUACGACCUUUCUUACUUCGUAGAAUAAAAUCUGAUGUUGAAAAAUCCUUACUUCCGAAAAAAGAAGUAAAUAUAUACGUGGGUAUGUCAACAAUGCAGAGAAAAUGGUAUCAACGUAUUUUGGAAAAAGACAUUGCUGCUGUUAAUGGCGCAUUGGGUAAAGGUGAAAGUAAAACACGUUUAUUGAACAUCGUGAUGCAACUUAGAAAAUGUUGUAAUCACCCGUAUUUAUUUGAUGGAGCUGAGCCUGGACCUCCAUACACAAAUGAUGUACAUAUUAUUGAGAAUUCAGGAAAAAUGAUUGUAUUGGAUAAACUUCUCAAACGAUUAAAGGCUCAAGGAUCUCGUGUCUUAUUAUUUAGUCAAAUGAGUCGUGUUCUUGAUAUACUGGAAGAUUAUUGUAUAUUUAAAAAUUAUGAAAAAGUUCUUGAAAGAGCAGCACAAAAACUAAGAUUAGAUCAACUUGUUAUUCAACAAGGACGAGCCAAUCAUGCACAAAAAAAUGCCACCAAGGAAGAACUUUUAUCAAUGAUCCAACAUGGCGCAGAGAAAAUUUUUAGUUCGGCUGAUAGCACCGUCAGUGAUAAUGAUAUUGAUUAUAUUUUACGUAAAGGUGAAGAAAAAACCGCCGAACUCAAUCAGAAAUUCCAAAGUCUUGGAUUGGAUGAUUUGCAAAAGUUUACAUCCGACUCUAGUUCAUCUUAUGAAUGGCAAGGAGAGAAUUGGGUGAAUAAGCGCAAAGGAGAAAAUUCACGAGGUUUCAAUUGGAUAGAACCACCAAAACGUGAACGUAAAGCUAAUUAUGCAAUAGAUUCGUAUUAUAGAGAAGCUUUAAGGGUAACUUCAAAGCCUGCUCAACCAAAAGUCCCAAAAAUACCAAAACAAAUCACUUUUGCAGAGUUUCAAUUUUAUCCUCCACGUUUAGUUGAAUUAUUGAAAAAAGAGAAUUAUCAUCAACAUAAAUUAAUGAAUUUCAAGGUCCCAUUAGCAGAACCUUUACCUCAAAAUGAUAACCCAGAAUUAAGAGAAAGUGAACGUCAAGAAGAACAGGAUAAAAUUGAUAAUGCUGAACCUUUGACUGGAGAAGAAGAAGCCGAAAAAAAUUCACUAAUGAAAAAAGCAUUUGAAGAUUGGAGCAAACGUGAUUUCAAUAACUUUAUAACUGCUUCAGCUAAAUAUGGAAGAACUGCUAUUGAAGAAAUAGCCGAAGAGAUAGAAAAAUCAUUAGAUGAUGUUAAGAAAUACGCCAAAGUGUUUUGGGAACGAUAUAAAGAAUUACCUAAUUAUGAAGAAUUGAUUGCAAAGAUUGAAAGAAGUGAACAGAAAAUGCAACAAACUCAAGAAAUACAAGAACUGAUUAAAUCAAAGGUGGCUCAAUACAAAAAUUCCAGUUAUGAUAUACAAUUGUCAAGUCAAAACAAAGGCAAAUCAUUAUUUACCGACGAGGAAGAUCGAUAUUUGUUAAUGGCACUUGCAAAAUACGGAUAUGGAACUGAGGGUGUUUAUGAGAAAAUACGAAAUGAAAUUGAGAGUUCUGAAUGCUUUCGAUUUAAUUGGUUUAUUAAAUCGAGAGCUGCUGGUGAAUUGGGUAGACGUUGUAGCACACUUAUAAAUAUGAAAUAA